GCUGUUACUGAUUCCUACCAGCGACACAACAGGCAGGUCUUCACUUCAAUACUACAGGCGGCUGAAAGACGUCAAGCCUCAACGAACAGAGUUACUGACUUUGCCUGCAGUGGUCUAAUAUUCCCAGAGCUAUUGAAGGUAGACCCCCCCUCAGAUUGAACGUUGCAUCAAAAUCUCCAGAUCCUUGCUCCAGACGGAGUUUUAAGCCAUCUUACCCAGUGGGAGCACCCAAGCCUGAACUGCGAGCCGACAUGAAAGAGGAGUAAGGUGCAGCAGGGAUACUACCUCCACCCCUCAUAUUCCUAUCCCUCAACCAAUCUGAGCAAGGGAAGCAGCCCAGGCGGCAGUAGCACAACACGCUGUGAUGACCACAGGCACGAUGGGAGUCACUGUGUUCUGUGUGGUGGUGCUAGCGUUCAUCUGUCACAGCCACAGCCUGGAAACACAAAACUCUAUGUACGGGUUCAGAAGGUCUCGGGAAAAUGUCUUGUCAGACUCCAGUAACUGUAUGUCCUGGACAAAGCAGCAGCAGGUGUUUCCAAACCCUCACAAUUUCUCGGUGGAUAUUCGGAUGCCUGGUGUUGUCCCGGCUGGGUCGGACACUUACCUGUGCAUGGCAUUUCCUGUGCCGACUAGUCGAGAUACAUAUAUCGUGGACUUCAUACCUCAUGCCAGUAUGGAAACAGUCCAUCACAUGCUGCUGUUCGGCUGCCAGACUCCUGUCUCCACCAGCGGCUACUGGGACUGCGGCAGUGUACAAGGCACAUGUGAGGAUGAAGCUUCCAUUAUGUACGCCUGGGCCCGGAAUGCACCACCAACUAAAUUACCCAAAGAUGUUGGUUUCAAAGUUGGAAGAAGCUCGGGGAUGUCUUACUUUGUGCUGCAGAUCCAUUAUGGAGACAUCAGUGCUUUCAGAGACCAUCAUAGAGAUUGCUCAGGACUUACUUUAAGAAUGACAUCAAAACCGCAACCAUUCAUUGCUGGCAUAUACCUGCUCAUGUCUGUGGACACAGUUAUCCUUCCAGGAAAAAGAGUUACAAAUGCAGACGUCGCCUGUGAUUACACUUCAUAUCCCAUCUACCCGUUCGCCUUCAGGACCCACACACACCGCCUUGGUAAAGUGGUCAGUGGCUACAGGAUCCGAGAUGGGAAGUGGAGCCUGAUUGGAAGACAGUCCCCUCAGCUACCACAGGCUUUCUAUCCUGCUAACACGGACGUGGCUGUGAAGUAUGGCGACACCAUUGCAGCCAGAUGUGUUUUUACUGGUGAAGGCAGACACUCCAAAACUUAUAUUGGUGGUACCUCUGAUGAUGAAAUGUGCAACUUCUAUAUAAUGUACUACAUGGACAGCAAACAUGCCAUCCCCUACAUGAACUGCAUGGAGACUGGCUCCAAAGAGCUGUUUCAGCAUAUUCCAGCUGAGGCCAAUGUUCCCAUCGCUGUCAGUCCAAGUCAUAUGAACUCUAUGAUGCAUAUGGGACACUCCACAGAUCAUCAAGAUGACAAAUCGUUGUUGCAGAGAAAGAAAGCAGAGCAGGUCCUGGAUCAAGACUCCCAUUUGGAGCAAGUCCCAGCGUGGCCGCAGAGCUCUCUGCAGCUGGGUCAGGUGUCAGGACUUGCCCUCGACACAGAUUCUAACCUGGUUAUUUUCCACAGAGGUGACCACCACUGGGGGGCCGACUCUUUUAACAGCCAGGCGAUGUACCAGCAGAGAUCCUUAGGUCCUAUUCAGCAGUCCACUAUUUUGGUUGUGGACCCAGCCAGAGGGAACAUCCUGAAGGCUUCUGGCAGAAACAUGUUUUACUUGCCUCAUGGAAUAACUACAGACAAGGAGAAUAAUUACUGGGUGACUGAUGUGGCUCUUCAUCAGGUGUUGAAAGUCAGCAGUGAUGGCAGAGACAGAACCUUGCUGGCACUGGGAGAGGCCUUCACACCAGGAAGUGACAACAACCACUUCUGCCAGCCCACCGAUGUGGCUGUAGACACAGACACUGGGAACAUCUUUGUUUCUGAUGGGUACUGUAAUGCCAGGAUACUGAAAUUCUCAGCUGAUGGCAAAUACCUGUCUGAGUUUGGUGCAGGCUCGUCAGACAGGAGGAGGCGUGUACCGUUCCGCGUCCCCCACAGCCUGGUGUUCAUUCCAGACCGACAGGAAGUUUGUGUGGCUGACAGGGAGAACGGACGUAUUCAGUGCUUCAUAGCCGAAACUGGAGAGUUUGUCAAGGAAAUAAAGAAAGAAGAGUUUGGAGGGGAAGUGUUCGCCAUCACCUACAGCCCUGCUGGAGAUGGAUUGAUCUUUGCAGUAAAUGGGGACUCUCCGUAUCACUCAGCUCCACUCAGAGGCUUUGUAAUAAAUUAUUCAACCAAGGAUAUUUUGGAUACUUUCAACCCAGAGAAAAAGGAGUUCAAAAUGCCUCAUGACAUCAUUGAAACCAGGGAUGGCACCGUCUUUGUUGGGGACGCAGGCACUAAAUCAGUCUUCAAAUUUACCACUGAGAAGUUGCAUCGCUCUGUCAAGAAAGCUGGAAUUGAGGUUCAACUUGAAGAAAUGCAGAUGUUUGUCCAAAAUAAGCUGAGUCCGGAGCACAACAUGACAAAGACAGCAGCCAUCCAAGAGAAGCAAACUAUGGCUCAACAGCCUCAACCACUCAAAGAGGCAGAAGAGAAGAACAAGAGUGCAGCAAAGACAAACAGACAGCAGGGUGUGCUCCCAGCCGUCAUCACCACCCUGCUGCUCAUCCCUCUGCUGCUGGUCAUCUCCAUAGGAGUCUUUAUCUGCUGGAGAAAAAACAACCGAAGUGAGGUGAAAACUGAACCCAGCUCUGUGGGAGGGAUCUUGGGAAAAAUAAGAGGUAAAGCCGUUGGCAGUCUGAACCUGGGAAACUUCUUUGCGUCCCAUAAGGGUUACAGUCGUCAGGGCUUCGACCAGCUGAGCACUGAAGGCAGCGACCAGGAGAGGAACGACGAGGACAGCAGUGACUCCGAGAACGAGGAGUACUCCGCUCUGCCCCCUCCGCAGUCCUCCUCUUAGACGCUCUGGGACCAGCCACCAACCUUCUGCUUACAUUGCCAAGAUGUGUUAUUCAUCGUGUGUAACUGUUGUGUUAGCUGCCAACCUUAUUGUUUAUAUAUUUAAAGAUAUACUGUAUAUAAAUAUAAUUUGGCAGAAUUUUGAGAUUUUAUUUAAUCCUAAUUUAAUUUACGUGUGGUCUUGAUACGGCCUCGGUGCCAAGACUCACGCAUUACUUUAAAAGAUUUGUUUGCCCCAAAUCAACCUUGCAUUUAUUGAAAUUAUUAGCACACUCCUGGUAUCAGAUUCUGCCUUGAAACAAGAACAAGUCUGCCAAUGGGCGGAGAUGCUUCUGCUACUUCCAGUUCUACUUUUAGUCCCUUGUUUCAGGGGUUUUCUUGAAAUGAGAGACCCAUUGCUGGAUUUUUAUUUUAACUUCAAACUUAACUGAAUGGAUCCUCGCAUGGGGAAUUUCUAUGACUGAAAUGUGGUUAAAUAUUUCACAGUCAGUUGCUGUUAUCAGUAGAAAAGGGCUCUGAUUUCAUGGUGGCGCUAUGACCAGCACAGCGAUGCAGCAGUUUGGUAGUUUCCUGACCAUGACUUUCACACCUGUUUGCCCCGUGCAGAGGUGGGAGGAGACAGGUAGAACCGCCCCUGAACAACACUCUGCUGCCAGUUUGUUUACUCUGUCAGCAAACUAAAGGCUUGGAGAGGUCGCUGUAAUGACUCUCCAACAAGUAAACCUUCAGUUCAUUAAAUCCCUGCAGCCAUCUGAAGCAGCAGGAAUGUAUGGGGAUAAACCUGCAGCCUCUGAUUCUGCUUGGUUGCUUCUCACCACUGGUCAUUGCUGGUCAGAUACAGUUUCCUCAUGGUGGAAUGGAUGUUAUUUAAAGAAGUGAAGACUGAUAGUUGAUAGCACAAGCAGUUUUACUGUCUGCCUGUCUACAUCUAGUUUUAUCCUGUUAGACUUAGUCCCAGUCCUGCCCAAGAACUCCUGCUUUGUGCUGGUCACUGUGCUCGCUGCAUUAAAACAGGGCCCUAAAACCCAGAAAACCGCUGUUGUCACCCAUCAGGUGGUUGUGUACUGUUCAGUGUUUUGGAUUCUGUUGAGUCAGAACUGACUUGAACGCAGUGUUUUUCAUGACAUUUCAAUAUCUGAGUAAGAAUUCAGUGAAGCAGGAUCAGUUACUGAAAUCUCCUUUGAUUUUAAAAAUGAAUAGUUUUGUCAGCACUGAUAGAGUAUAAAGUACAGAUAGAUUUUAAUGGAAAAGUGCGUCCUUCCUUACAUAAAUCUCUUCCAUGUAGUGAAUCGACACGCAUCACAUUAUUUCAACAUAACUGUUUGGUCCACGUUUCAGUUCAGUAACAUUUCACUUGUAAUUUUGUGCCUUUUUACAUCUGUGUUUGCCUUUCUUUAGCACCUGCCAUUACAAACAUGAUGAAACAGCUGCUGCUAGUAGAGCUUGUACUAUGUUGAUUUCUCUUCCAAGUGAAUGGAAAGUGGAUAUUAUUACAGAUAUAUGUAUAUUAAUGCAUGUGUGUGUAUGUGUGUGAGUGUGUGCGUGCGUGCGUGAGUUAGUGUGUGUACAAUUCCAUUCGAACAUUGUUCAACAGUCAAGUCUCAAGCACUGUAACUUUGACCACGUCAAACUCACUAACUUCAGCCAACGUAAAGAAACAGCAUGAACUGAGAACUGGUUUCUGUGUACGUGUGACAUUUUGUGACCUAAAGGAACCACAUCAGUCUGUGUGGUGCUUUCUAUUUCUGCUCUCCAUUUUCAGAUGCAUGCUGUGCUCUCAAAAUUUACUUGAGCAGUUUUCUGCUACAUUUUUGUAGAUCAGUUAUGUGCUUGGAGUGCUUGUGGAGUAAUUUGAGUAAUCUGCACUGCAGUGCUGAAAAUGUUUAUUAUUGAUUAAUUUGGCGGUGUCUUGAUUACUUAAUUGUCUCAACUAAAAUAUCAGAUCUUUAUAUUCAGAUGUCUUCAAAUCAGCACUACAAACCCAAAGAUACUAAUGACUAGCAUAGAAGCUAGUUUGUGCUAGCUUUAUUAUCACAGAUAGGGUAUGCACAAAUGUACACAAUACAGUUUCCAGGCACCCUGAGGAGGGUCACUGAGGAUGUGCUCAGCUGACAUCUGGAUACACCCAGCGAACCCACCCCCCCUCACCCCCUCACCAUCUGAUCAUAUGCAGCAACGUUAUCAA